GCCAAAACCAAACGCGCCCUUGAUGCCUGAACCUUGUUCAUUCGAUUGAUCUGGAGCUGGCACGACAAACCAUCGAGAGGAGAGAGGCGAAAUCGGACGGAAAAUAUGCUAUUGGCCGUGUUGAUCGCUAACUCUGAAGGCAACAUCCUAGUAGAACGGUUUAAUGGUGUUCCAGCUGAGGAACGUUUACAUUGGCGUUCUUUCUUGGUAAAGCUUGGAGCAGAUAAUCUUAGAGGUGUUAAAAAUGAAGAACUCCUAGUUGCUUGCCAUAAAUCAGUCUUUGUUGUUUACACUGUUCUUGGAGAUGUCAGCAUAUUUGUAGUUGGGAAAGAUGAAUAUGAUGAACUUGCAUUGUCGGAAGCAAUUUAUGUCGUUACUUCGGCUUUGAAGGAUGUUUGUGGUAAAGUUCCUACAGAACGCCUUUUCUUAGACAAGUAUGGGAAAAUAUGCUUGUGUCUGGAUGAAAUUGUGUGGAAGGGUUUGCUAGAGAAUACGGAUAAAGAAAGAAUUAAACGACUAAUCAGGCUGAAACCUCCGACUGAUUUCUGAGGUUGAAACUUUAUGCAUUUCUCAAACCCUACAUGAUCUAUCAAACAAGGAGAGAUAGGUUGUUUUAUUUGUAUUGUUUGUAUAUCUUAAAUGAUGGGAAAAUGAACUUCAUUCUAGUGGGAUUUCAUUUUUUUCUAACUGUUUCACUAUGGAAUAUCAAUAUCUGAUCAUUGCUUGUGACAACUAGCCAUUUGAUUGCUAGUUUUUUUAGACAA